CGCACGCAUUUGUGCGAGUGGAUUGACGCCCCUGUGGGUAUAUGAGUUGUGACGGCCCUGGAAGUUGUGUGCGUAUAAGGAGUAUGGAUGAAGCAGAAAACUGGUUUUUUGUACUGUAUAGGCAGCUGCCGGGUUUAGUACUACUCAGUGUUGGAUCAGUUCUCUAGUAAUAAGCAUAUACGUAGUUUUAGUGUUGUAAAAUGCAUAUUUUUAUCGACGAGAAUAAGCUUAAAUGGCUUUAAUGUUUCAGAAUUGAAAAGGUUUUGACGAGUAUAGUUUUUUCUGAUUUUUAACUAGAGAUCUUGCCAGUCACGUUGAGAUUGAAUCCUUCAACCUGUUUUACUUCCAGAGAGGAAUAUGGGAGAUAAAUACAGGGAUUCCAAUCCCCCUAGCAAGAGGAUUCUUAGGUAAAAAUUAGAAAGGUUUUGAAUAUUGCUUUGUUAUGAGCUAAGCCUAGGCGUAGCGAAACAUUCAAUCUCAACUUCUGAUAAAGGGGCCAAGAGUAAAGCCUUGUUACCAGGGGUUAUAAUGCCUGUGAAUAGGGGUAAUUCAAGGGAGGGGGGAAGGAGAAGGUCUGCAUCUGAGAGCGAUGGGGAUCAUCUUAAUGCUUCGUCCAACCCUGCCCCUAAUCCUACUGAUUUUAAUGACGAUUCGCCGAAUCUGAGUAAAUGUAUUUCCACUCCUAAUGUCAACAAUACGGGGUUUAUAGACGAUUCCUAUAGAAAUAGUUUUGGGACUAGACUCGAAACCCGUCCUGUAACUAGACUACAGACCAGAAGGGAGAACGAUAACCAAACUGUUCGAACCAAUCAGCAUAGGGAUGAGUUCACGACCAUGAAGGGAAGGGUGUAUGAGUGGGUUCAUAAAAUUUCUAGUUCGGUUAUAUCAAUAGAUGUCAUUAAAAAUGAUCAUAGUUUGUUUUGUACCGAAAUAGAUCACUUGAUAUCUGAAAUCCUAUUGGGGAGGGGGGAUUUUUCUUUAGUGGGAGAAUUUGGUAAUCUUAAAGAUAAGUUAGAUGCCGCAAAGAGAGAAGCAAUCCAGACUGCUAGAGAAUCCAUUUCCAGGGUUCCCUCUUCUACACCAAUUAAUCAGGGUCCGAGCACCAUCAACAGCUUCAGCAACACUAGGACCUCUAAUCUUGAUGAUGUUUUCAAUGCCAAUGAUGAAAUAGAUAAAGGGGGGGGGGGUAAACAGAGAGUAAAUUUGUCAAAUAUACCCGAUCCCUCUAAUACUAGUAGUUCCAACACCGUAGUGGGUAGGGAUAUGCGAUCUAAUAUUAUAUUGGAUCACAAUUCCCCCAGACACAGGGAGGUUCUGAAUCCCGAUAUUGAUCCGAUGAGUAAUGAUUAUGUGAGAAAUGGUCAAACUUUGCUGGGGAUUCUUGAUAAUCUUUCGGGGACUAAUGGGAAUAUUGAUCCCACAUUCCGAAUCAUAGCCAAUUAUAUGGAUUCCUGGGUAAAUAAUAUCACUUCUGAGAAUAGUAUCCAUGCAAGUCAUUUAAGUAGACUAGAUCGUACUGUCUCUUCAGUUAAUGAAUCUUUAGAGGGUGCCAGGAUACAAUUUCACAAAUUAAGCGUAGAGUUUAGUGGUGUGAAGGAUGCUGUAUCUAGUAAUAAGUCUGCCUUGGAAAGUUUAGAUCAGAGAUGCUCUUAUCUAGAGAUAGGAUUAAGCAAUGCAAGAAGGGAUAUAAAUGAUGAAUUCUCUACUGUACAAUUAUGGAUUGAUGACUUCAGACUCCAAUCCAAUGCUCCAGUUCCUAGAGAAGUAGUGGAUUCUUUACAAGAGGUAAUCAAUGACAGCGCUCCUGGUCUGGCUGUCGAAUCUAUGAGAGGAGAGGUUAGAGAACUUAGGAAAACGAUCCGAGCAGAGAAACAUGUAACAGAAGGGUUACGUAACCUAGUAGUAGGAUUGGCUGAGCAAAUAGAUAGAGUUUCUGUAGUAUCACAUCCUGAACCUGCCCCUACUCCAGGUCCGCAGAAUAGAUCUUCUAUAGGAGCAGCUAGAGAGAGGGAGAUUGUGAGAAAAGGAAUAGAGAGACUUGAAAAGCAGAUAGAACAACUUAUCCGGGUCAAUGUAUCGUCUGAAAUUAUAGAUAUAGCCUUAAUUAAGAAGUGUAAGACAGUAGAUGUUCCUGGAAUCCAUUCUGCAGUAGGACAUAUUCAGAAAUCUCUACAGAAAUACGUCAAUUUUCAAGGUAUGGAUGAAAUAUACUGCGACACCAUCACUGAUUUAUUGGAUAGAGCCGAGACCUGGUGUAGAAGGGUAGAAGAGUUAUAUAAUGAGGCUGAAGUACAUUCAAUAAAUUCAUCUAGAGGUGAUGCUACUGAGGUAGGAAUCUUCUCCGAUAAUUCAAAGGUCACUGUUUACGAGUUCUUGGAGUUAGCAGAACUGGCUUAUCUAGGAUGGGGUAACUCAGUACAGAAGGCGAACAGAUUAUACAAUAAACAUUUAUCUGAAGAGAUUAAGGGUAAACUAAUAAAUAAGUCUGAUUCUUAUCAAGAUAUGAAGCAAUGGCUUAUUCUCCAUUAUGGGGGGGCUUCCAGAAUUGUCAAUGAUAUUGUUUCUAAUUUAUCUUCAAAACCUAAACCUGAAUAUGGGAGUAUAGGGGAUAAAUACAAUUAUUAUGCAGCUAUCACUAGUGCUCUUGAGCUUGAGUUAGAUACAUGCCUGUACUCAAACAGUACUGUGAGCUCUCUGUCCAGACUCCUUCUUCAUCAGGAUCAUAAUGCUUGGGUUCGAGAAAUGACCAAAAGAGAUUUGGAUUUCAAGAAUCCCGUCGGAUAUGAUGCUUUCCUUUGUUUUAAGCAGAUCUGUAUACAGGAGAGGAACACUAAUGAAGUUUCAAGAGCGGAUAAAGGAGGUUCUUCGCCAAAGAGCAAGAACAAGAGCAGAUCUACCCACAAGGUUCAAGCGAUAGAUGAGAGUAGUUCUGAUGAUGAUGUCCCUGCUAGCUCUCAUAAUACAAAUUUCCACAACAAGCAAUG